UUCCUUUCAACAAUCUGGAACACUAAAUAAACAGGGAAAUAAUGAGUGUCAACAGAUGGAAAUCGACGAUCGUAAGAACAUCUACCGAUUUUACUCUACGCUAUGUAGCUCAACUAAGCAACAGUGCUCAUUUACCAGCAGAGCAUCUUGUACCAACCCCUCGAAUAUUCAAUAAGCCUAGUCAGUACAAGUCAAUACUAGAAGCUGAGAGCCACAAAUGUAGGCGAAACGUGGAAUUCUAGUUCCAAGUGCCAGACUAGUCGAGUGUCCGACAUCACUGGAUCCAAAGUCCAACGCUUCACGAAUCAAGCGGCCAAAGCAAGCCGCAAUAUGAAUAUUCGAUUCACCUUCUGAACAGAGUCUUGAUCAUGGAGCACGAUUCGAACACUGCCACAUGACGACGGGAUAUUGGAACUCGCGAAUACUCGUGGUGCGGGAGUUUCAGACCGACACUGGCAGCUUCAAGGAGUAUAUAAGAAGGUCGACUCCCCCCCAAAUUAACCCCAACUUCGUUUCGUCCUUAUCCAAAGUCAGUUUGACCGAAAUGUUCGCUUCUGUAACUGCUGGCCUCUUGCUAGCAGCCACCACCACCACUGCUUUCCCCACUGCCCGUCAAACCACCUGUAGCCCUUCGUUCACCCCAGGAGUCGGGUAUGCUAUUAGCUCAAAUAUCAAUGACUCCUACGUGUGGCAAUUCAAUGGAGCAAGUGCUGGGGUCCUGUCCGCUGUUUAUUUGCUCCCUACCCCUCCUGAAUUUGAACCCUGGAAUCUCACCUCUACCUCUACCGGCGGUUGGACUAUUUCAUUCGAUUCCCCCAGUUCAUGUGUCCUCGCUCCAGUCGACACCACCUUGACUACCGGAUCAUGCUCCAACGCCGCCGGCAGCGACGCUGAUUUCGCCAUCUCGUGUUCGUCGUGCACGGACACUUCGGCAACUGCUUGCACCCUCACUGUUGCUUCUACCUCAGAAUGUGUUAACGUCCCCGGAGAUAGCGAUGGGAAUCCAGAAGUCAGGACGAUGGAAUGCACAGGGAGCCCACAGCAGUUGUGGGACUUCACCGAGCUUUAAUACGUUAAGCUUUUGAGCCAUUGUAACAAUCAGUUCGUGUGCUGAAGGGCUCUGAAUCUUAUGGACUUCCAAGCUUCUGUACUUACUAACUGUGAUAAAUGGACAAUGUUUUUGCAAUACAAUGCGUAAACUGCUACGUAUGGGAUGGGUUCAGUCCAAUAUACGUCGUAAGAAAUCAAACG